GAAAUGGCUCACUUGGAUGUUGAAGCAGAUGAUGACGACAACAAUAACUUGGCCUUAAAUGAAAACUUAAAAUCAGUGAAAAUUAAUGAAAUUACAGAUCCAGAAGAGAGUCAUAUUAAUCAGAAAGAUAAUGAAGUUCAGCAGUCUGAGAUUCUACAUCAUACCAUAACUACGGACUCUGCAACAAUUGGUGCAUCAAAUACAAAUUUUGAGAUUAACAGUAAAGAUGUGGUUAAUAAAGCCUCAGAGAAUAAAGCUGGAGAAAUUGCCAGAAUGGAUGCAGAAAAUGAUUACCAGGAAUUUGUUGAAGCGAUGUGGCACACAAAAAUUACCAACAGGAUCAAAGAAAGUGAAUUAGUAAGAUACAGAACUGUUUAUUCUAAUUGUUUUUAAAUAAAAAUCUGUUCAUAUAACUAUAAUUUAGUUUUGAUAAGGUGAAAAAGUGUCACGUAAUGAAGGAUAAAGUACUAAUAAUUUGA